AUGGCGCUCGACAAUUACUACCACAACAAGAUCGAGGCCAUGAAGCUCGAGAUCCUCAAGGGCCAAGCCGUGCUCCGCCGCCUCGAAGCCCAGCGAAACGACUACAACUCCAGAGUCCGCUUACUGCGCGAGGAACUCGGCCUGCUGCAGCAGCCCGGAUCUUACGUGGGCGAGGUGGUCAAGGUGAUGGGCACCAAGAAGGUCCUGGUGAAGGUACAUCCGGAGGGCAAAUACGUGGUCGAUGUUUCCGACGCCGUCGACAUAGCGAAGCUCACGGUGGGCAAACGGGUCACUCUCUUGUCCGACUCCUACAAGCUCGAAAAGCUCCUCCCGUCCUCCGUCGACCCCCUUGUAUCACUCAUGAUGGUCGAAAAGGUACCCGACAGCACGUAUGAUAUGAUCGGUGGUCUGGAUCAGCAGAUCAAGGAGAUCAAGGAGGUCAUCGAGCUAGGACUCAAGCACCCCGAGCUGUUCGAGUCCCUUGGCAUCGCCCAACCGAAGGGUGUCCUUCUCUACGGGCCUCCCGGUACCGGAAAGACCCUCCUAGCCCGAGCCGUCGCGCAUCACACAGAGUGUAAAUUCAUCCGAGUUUCCGGCUCCGAGCUGGUGCAGAAGUACAUUGGUGAGGGUUCCCGCAUGGUUCGCGAGUUGUUCGUCAUGGCGCGAGAACACGCGCCGUCCAUCAUCUUCAUGGAUGAAAUCGACUCCAUCGGUUCUUCACGAGUGGAAGGCUCAUCGGGCGGUGAUUCCGAGGUGCAACGCACGAUGCUGGAACUCCUCAACCAACUGGACGGCUUUGAACCCACUAAGAACAUCAAGGUCAUCAUGGCCACAAAUCGACUGGAUAUCCUCGACCCGGCCCUGCUCCGCCCCGGACGUAUCGACCGCAAGAUCGAGUUUCCCCCGCCAUCCGUCGAGGCCAGAGCCGACAUCCUGCGCAUCCACAGCCGGAAGAUGAACCUGACGAGGGGCAUCAACCUGACCAAGAUCGCCGAGAAGAUGAACGGGUGCUCUGGUGCCGAGCUGAAGGGUGUGUGUACCGAGGCCGGCAUGUAUGCGCUGCGCGAACGGAGAGUGCACGUCACCCAGGAGGACUUUGAGCUCGCUACGGCCAAGAUUCUCAACAAGCACGACGACAAGGAGGUGUCUCUCCAGAAGUUCUGGAAAUAA